UUACAACACGUGUGAGAUUAGCCCCAUAAAAGUCAAACAAACCAUUAACUAACCCGCGUCGAAAUAAGAAGACAACCUAAGCUAUAAGGAAAACUGUAAACCAAUCAGCACUUGAUUUUGUAAACCGGAUCAAAGUCGGCCGUAUAAGUCUUUAAACCAUAAAUGUCUUCUCCGGUUUGAAGUCAAAACUGUAUCAUAACAUUAAGAUCUUCUCCGGUUUAGCAUCAGCUUUGACCCAAACCCUUCCAUGACGUCAUCAUAUUGACAUUUUCAAUUGUGUUCAUCUAUAAUCAUCCUUUGACUCUCACUUUCUGAGAACUUUCAGACACAGAAAGUACAUAUAAAACCAAUGAUCUCCGUGUUCAUGUACUUUGUGAGUAAAUGGAAAAAGCAUCCGACAACAACCCCACGAAACUCUCGAAGAUGCUUCAAAAAGCGUUAUCAAUUGGUCACGGUGCGGCGCCGUUUAGUCCGGUAAGAGAUUUCCACCACCACCACCACCGUACGGCUUCGACGGUGAACAGAGGAUUUUUCUUCUCUGGUCCGAUAACACCGUUGCUUCCAACGGCGGCCUCAAGAGCUAGGAGAAGAACCAAGAACGCCGUCGUUUUCGCCGAACCCACUUCUCCUAAGGUCUCCUGCAUCGGUCAGAUCAAACUAGCUAAUAAGUCGAAAUGUCCGGACGCGAAGAACAGAGAACGUAAGAAUCUCAAACCGGCGUCGUCUUGUCUUGUUAAAGAAUCAGGCAAGGGAAACUGGUCGAAACUAAAACGUCUCUUCUCAAUGGGGUCGAGAAAAUCCAACUACACGGCCGUUUCCGCCGCUAGUGAGCAUCCGAUCUCGGCGGUGGAAGCGUUUGCGGUGCCUUCAUUGGGUAAAAUGAAGAAAUUCGCGAGCAGCAGAGAAGCUCUCGGUGGAUUUGAUUGGACGGCCGAGAUCAAACGGGAAGAAUCUCGGUCCGAUCAUCAUCGCCGAGGUUACUCUUCCGAUGACAAAGAGACGAUGAUUCCAUGCGCUGUAAGCACGCCUCUGGCCCUGUGCUCGAGACACAAGAGUGAAGUUAAUUUGUGGAAGAGAAGAACCAUGGAUCGACCAAAACCACUUCAAGUUAAAGCUAGUUAUUAACUUGUCUUCGUUCCUACUUCCAUGUGUACUUGUUUUUUUUUGUGCGGAACUUCGUUUCUACGUACUAGGUCUAAAUUUUUUGAAUACUUCAAACAAACAAAAUAAUUCGACUUGUGAAUAAAUAUCUACACGUUUUUUAUGCGUUAUUA